CAAGAGAACUGAAAUCAUUGAGGACAAAAGGGGAGCUCUGAUGGUUUGGAUGGCGUCUUUUCAUCAAGGAGGCUCACCGGUUUGGAAGCAAGGUCGAAACCUUGGCGAGGAGAGGAGCUGAAUGAACACAGUCUGCUCCAUACUGCAGACUUAUCAUUCAAAUGACGAGGGAACUGAAAGAAGUGCUAUUCGGAUACAGUGAACCUUGGCUCAUGGUUCGACCGUCCUAAACAACAGAUUCUGCCGCCCUCUCAAGAAGGCACGCUUGCAAGAUGGUGCAGGUUCAUGGCAUUGAGCUGUCAGAAGAGGAGGUGGCUGAGUUUCGGGAGGUCUUCAACCUAGUGGACAAGGAUGGGGGAGGGACGCUCUCAGCCGUGGAGAUCCUGGAGCUGAUGAAGAUGCUGGGCCUCAACUUUACCGAGGAGGAGAUUCAGGGCAUGAUUGCAGAGAUCGACGUUGAUGGGGACGGCGACCUUGAUUUUGAUGAGUUUAUGCUCGCGAUCACAGGCUCGCAGAACGAGGCCUACACUAAACGCCAGAUGAUCGCCUCGUUCAAGAUGUUUGCGGACAAGUCCGAACCCCAGGGAUUUAUCUCUCCGUUGGCGAUCGAGAAAGCUCUUACGACAUACUGCUCCGAGAAAGUGAGCGUCGAAGAGGCGGUCGAGCUGGUGGCUCAACUCAAGACGAACCACGACGGGAAGGUGCACUACAUUGAAAAGAUAGACAUGUUUUUGAGCAAGUAGACAGACGGAGACUUGAGAGCGUGAUUACUCGACAUGAGUCGUCGGGUUGAGUCUAUGUUCGUGCUGAAUGAAAAGAGCACUCGAGCGCGUGCGAUGUUACUGUUUAGAUGUAAUGCGUUGAGUUCAAGGGUAUGUCAGAAUCGAAGUGAAUCAGAAAGUGGAUCUGUAGGUGCUUUAAAGGAAAUAUUAGGGUCUCUAGCUAGUGGGUCAGCCAGAAAUGAGUCGCUCGUGCUUAUCUUUGUCCUUUCAGUGGCGCUACUUUGCACGGCGCAAAUCGGUGAAAGUGCUCCAGGGCCUGCAAUUACAGAUGGCCGGUGCUCAGUUCUCACGGAUCAUGCACAAUUGAGUCGCUUGCGCUAAGUUUUGGGCUCUGCAGACAUAUGCAUGUGCGUUGUACAUUGAGUCAGU